UCUCUGCCAGGAAGAGACAUGAACUUCGGCAGAAGCAGCAGCCUCGGGAAGGAGAAAGGCGUUUUGCCUCUUACAGUGCUUUUAUACUGAUACGGGUUUACUAAGAGGCGAUUUUCUGAAGUUUUAAAUCUGUGGGCCGUUGGGGAUCACUCCGCCUUUUUUUUUUUUUUUUUUUUUUUUUGAUCACGAAGUACCUCCCGUCCUGGGAUGGCGGGAAUGUCGAGUUUGAAAAAUUACAUGCCUGAGACUACAGAUAUUCCAGAUGACACGCAUGCAACAGCACUCCAUGAGGAAUGUACUUAACCCAACCCCUUGCACCUACUUACCAAAGGCACAGAAAUCCCAACGUUUGCACUGCACCGAAAAAAAAAAAAAAAAAGGCGAGCGAAUGCAAGGGUCUGGCGGCAGUUUUGGGCGUUUCUCGGGACGCGCUCCGUGCCGGUUUGCUACAAGUGUAUCCAAUGUCCCCAGCACCAGGGACUUGUGGGGCGCGGUUCAGUGCGGCGCCACUUGCUCCGCGGCUCCCCGAGGUGGCGGUUGCACGAUGAAGGCAGACGCUGCCAAACUGGCCGACAAGAUGCUGCGCGCCCCCAAGUGCUCCAGGUGCCGGAACCACGGCUUCCUGGUGCCCGUCAAGGGCCACGCGGGAAAGUGCGGCUGGAAGCAGUGCACCUGCGACAAGUGCUGCCUGAUCACCGAGCGCCAGAAGAUCAUGGCCGCGCAGAAGGUGCUGAGGAAGCAGGCCCCGGAGGAGGAGCAGGAGCUGGCCCGCGGCCCCGCGGCGCCGGAGCUGGCCGCCGCGGCGGGGGCCGCCAGCCCGGGCCUCCACCCGCUGCCUCCGCGAGAGCCCGAGGGCCGCGCGGCCGCCUGCUUGGGCGAGAGGCCGCCGCGGGGCCCCAGCCCGGGCCCGAGCGCCUUCCAGCCUGUCCUGGGCGGCCGCGGCCACGUGGCGGCAGGCCCGGGCGGCCCCGGCCACCUGGAGCUGUGCAGGCCGCUGCGGCCCCCGCCCAGCCCGCCCUUCGCCGACUUCGGGCUCCCUGUGAACUUCAGCGUGGAUCGUGCCAUGGGGGCCGAGUACCUGGAGCGAGAGCCUUCCAAGCUGUACCCGAGCAUGCAUGCCUACUGCCCGUUCCCGCUGGGCUACCAGGAUGUGGCCCCGCCCCCUGGGAUCCCGCUGCAGACAGGCUUCCGGCACAUCUCCUGCACCCAGUAUCAUGGAGGCAGCUUGGUGUCGGAAGCAGUGGGAGAGUUCCAGUCCACCUUCUACCCACCGCCUGCCCCGCCGCAGCCCCCGUUCCUCCCGCCGGGCUUCCUCUCGGCGCUCCACUUCCUGCCGCCGCCUCCACCGCCGCCACCGUCGCCUUCCUUCUCGCUGACCAUCCUGUCCGAAACGGAGAAGGAGAACCCUGACAGGCAGGAGGCUGAGACCCCGGGAGAGGCCCGCCAGCUGGAGUCUGAGGAGCAGUCGGAAUGAGCCCUGGCCUCUGGGCCAGCGG